GAAUAAUAAUUAUUAUAAACAUUCUAAUUGGUGAAAGGAAACUGAUAGAAUUGAUGGUCUCUAGGCGACAAACAGUAAAUCUCUUCCUGCAUAAGUACCAACACCCCGAGAAUAGGGUGCAUUUGUAAACGUUUUAAACAAGGAAAGUUUCAGAGGUUUGAGUUCGUCAAAAAAAGAACACGAGGAUGUCAACUACAGUAGUUGUUCAACAACCCACGGGUGUUCAAGAUAAUCGGCUGAUGGUGACGGACAUUCUCGGUCAUAGGCAAUGGAGUACCGGCCUGUUUGACUGCUUCUCAGACAUUAAAAUGUGCCUACUGGGACUUUGCUGUACACCCUGUGUUCUGUGUCACGUGGCCUCCAGGACGGGGGAGUGCUGCUGUAUGCCUCACUGUAUCUUGGGAGGAUCUGUCAUUCUGAGGAGCAGAAUCAGAACCAUCGGCGGCAUUCAGGGAUCCGCCUGCAAUGACUGUAUAGUUCUGUCUCAUUGUGGCCCGUGUGCAGUGUGUCAGAUGGAGAGAGAACUCGACAAUAUGGGAGUCCCAUAAAGGCAGCAUCUCACAAGAGAAACUGGCAGUUCUGUUUUUAAUAUUUUGAUGCUUUCUCUGUGUAACUUCUAUCUAUCAUGUAUUUGUAUACAAAUUCUAUACAUUCCAUUGUACAAAUAAACGAAAGACACUUA